AGAAGACAAAAAUGGAACUUUUUCUGUCCUCAUAACUUAAAUAUUUCCACUUUGAUCCCCAGUCAAAACUUGGUUUCUUCAUCCAACCCCUUCUUGCAGUUACCACUCCAAUGCUAUUGACUGUUUGGCAACAUCAUCUCCAACUUUGCCCCUCUGCCCCAAAAUGGCCUGGGCAUUGAAUAUAACAUCCCUUUCAUGGUCUGUCAUUUUUCUUUCAUCCAAACUGACUGUAUCAUCCCUGUUUUGGGAAUCUAAGAUGUCAAACAAAACCACGGCAUUGCCUAAAAUCUAAUAUUUAACUGCUCAUUGAUUCAUUUAGAGCAUGAUAAGGGGAUGUAUGUACCUGCAUGAUCACAUAAAAUAAUUAUGGGGACAUUACAUAAUUCUGAUUGAGAAAAUGUACUGAUGAUGAGGGAAUAUUAAAUAACAACAAAUGCUUCAAACCCACAAUUAAAUACACACAUGAUAGGCCCUACCAGCCCCAUUUCCUUCCCACCUUCCUCCCAUUGCCUCUCAAUAAUCAAUCUCUCCUUUAUAUCCCCCCAUUCUUGCUAUUCUUCUGAUCACCAUUAAUACCAAUCCAACACAAACUCACAAGCCACACAUCCAAAAGGAACCUUUGCAACUGUAGUUCUCAAAAUACAAGUGCUUCAGCUCAGAUGGGUAAGAAGAUGAAGCUGCCUUUUCUCUUCAAGAGCAAAGAAGCAAGGCAUCCAUGGCAAUGGCCCUCGUGCAAGCAGCCCAGGACCCUGUCUUUCCGACUUGGGGAUGACAUGUUCAAGACCGUUAACUCGGUGUUUUUUGAGCCUUCGGAUGGGGUUGAAACGCCGGAGUCGUGGUUUACAAACUCAUCCGAGUCUGCAAGCUUCUCCAGCCAGUCUGAGGACUCCAAAGGCGAGUUGGUGGAGACGAUCAUACGUGGGGUGCAGUCAGAGCGGCUGUUCUUUGAGCCCGGUGACACGAGAUCGAUCUUGAAGGAUGCCAAGUCCAGCAGUUUUCCAUUCGCAGAGAGUGUAGUGCUGGCCAUGGAGUCCCAAGACCCACAAGAGGAUUUCAGAAGAUCCAUGUUAGAGAUGGUGGAGACCCAUGGCUUGAGAGAUUGGGACUGCCUGGAAGAGUUGUUGGGGUGGUACUUAAGGGUGAACGGGAAGAUGAAUCAUGGAUUCGUGGUUGGCGCCUUCGUUGAUUUGCUUGUUUCAAUGGCUUCUUCUUGUACCGAUUCUACCUCGUAUUCUUCUGCCGCAUCUUCGUUUUCUUCUCGUCCAUCUCCUCCGUCUCCGCCGAAGCAGGAGGAUGAUGAGGAAGACAACAUGAUCAUGUCUUAGUUCCACCACAUAUCAUUUUCAUGUACAUUAGUAGGUUAAAGAAAUGACAAUACUCUCUCUCUCUCUCUCUCACACACACACACACACACAAUGAUACUAUAUAUCUACCCACAAACACUUAAUACACAGAGGUUACAUCAAUCAGCAUAUGCUUGUCUUAGUGGAACACUGUAAACUUCAGAGCUUCGCAAAAAGUAAAGGAAAAAGGGAACAAAGUUCUAUAAAAGUACUGGAUUCAUAGGCUUUGUGUUGGACUAUUAAACACAUGAAGUGUAAUGCCCUGUAUAGUUGAACGUUGAUCAGCCCUUUGAGUUCACAUCAUAUGUAAUCAAGUAUGCUUGCAAACUUCUGUUUAAGCCCACGAUGUAUAUACACAUAUAUUCAUCAAUGUAUGUAUCUAUGAUGCAUAAAUAUGUCUGU